UUUUUUUUGAUCAAGCAUUCCUUAUCGACAUCAUCCUUGUCUUUUAGUUCUGCGAAGAAACAGACGGCGAGCCCUCCGUCGGUGUCUUACAUGAUAUUUCGCAGUUGGAAUUUUUGCGAUUUUCUCUGUUCCUCUGCUACUACUCGAUCUUGCUGUCGCAUUCAGCGACCACCUUGAGAGAGGCAGCAAGAGAAAGAUAUAGCGAGCUUGAGUUGGAGGGGGAAGGAGACAGGAGAGUACCGGUUUCUGAGAGUGACGAUGUUGAGAGAAGUAAGAGUGAAGUUGGACAAAUGGGGUUACGAGGUGAAUACAUCUUCCGAUGCCUGCAUCGCCUCCAUCAACUCAUUCUAUCACGAGGUUCUUAGUUAUGGGAGACAUCGGGCGGUAAUACUCGAAGCACCAGUGCACGACAAGGACUGUGUUCUCGGCAACAUCUUAGCUGCUCAUUAUCUCUCCUCCCAUAACCCAGCACUUGCCCCCUUUCAUCUUGCCGCUGCCAAGUCUCACCAUGAACACGCCACCCCAUACGAGAAAGAAGUUUUUGAGGUUAUUUCCUACAUGGUGACCGAGGAUAGGGACGACGAUGUUGUUGUUGAUUUACACUCAAAACUACUGAAAGGAUUCCCAAAAGACCUUGUAUCUCUGAAGAGGGCUCAGGUGUUUUGCUUCUACAUGGGUCGACCUGAUUUGUCUUUGGAUCUUGUUGAACAGGUUUUAGCACAAAACCAACAAGAAAACUACAUAUAUGGCAUGCUUUCUUUUCCUUUGCUGGAGCUUGGUAGAAUGGCUGAUGCUGAGAAAGCAGCUCAAAAGGGAUUUGGAAUCAACAAGAAUGAUUCCUGGUCACAGCAUGCUUUAUGCCAUGUUUAUCAAUAUGAUGGUCGUUUCAAGGAAGCAGUGGAAUUCAUGGAAGAAUGUUCUCCUUCAUGGGGUUCAUGUUCAUCCUUCAUGUACACACACAAUUGGUGGCACGUUGCUGUUUGUUACUUGGAAGGUCAUUCCCCAAUCAACAAAGUAUUAGAAGUUUAUGACAAAUAUAUAUGGAAAGAGUUGGAAAAAGGUGAUGCUGUGCCUGGAGAGGUGUAUCUGAAUGCUCUAGGCUUGUUGUUGCGAGUACAUGUUCGUGGCCAGAUAGCUUUUUUUGAGGACCGCUUAAAGAUCUUGGUAGAUCGUCUUGUUGAUCGGUCGACCUGGCAUAUGGAGUGGCAUCUUGAUUUGUUGAUAUUAUGGGCCUUAUCUAAUACUAAAGAAACGGAUAAAGCAGAGGAUCUACUCAAUGCCAUGAAGGCCAGGUUUUAUUUGAUGAGCAAGAAGAAGCAACUGUCAAUGCAGAGAGGAAUUAAGCUUGCGGAGGCCCUGUAUGAAUAUGGGAGGGGCAAGUAUGAAGAGGCUUUUCAUAUGCUUGCCCCAGAUUUUGAUGCUAGUUAUUGCAAAACGGUUGGGGCAUCAGAUGAACAACUAGAUGUCUUUAAUGAAGUUUGGUGUAGUAUUUUGUUAAAUACUGGACGGGCCUCAGAGGCAAUAAAGGAAAUUGAGAAACGGAUUCAGAAGAGGGAAGGGAUUCCAUUCCUAUGGCGCUUGCUGGAGAGAGGUUAUUCAAUGGCUGGCAGGGAGGAUGUUGCUGUUGUGUCAGAGAAGGCCAAGGCACUAGAGGCUGCAUAUUUCAAACAGCUCGUUUGAACAUGCCCAAAUAUCUUAUAAUUCCUUCCAAGUAACCUUUGGAGGAAAAACUGUUUUAUGUGUUGAUUCCGUGGGUAUCAUCCAAUAGUUUAUAAUGUUCCGAAAGCCCUGUUGUACUACUUACGUGCUCUUUGCCGAACCAACAUUGUUAUGUUGCAGGAGAGAGUAGUCAAUAAAUAAAUACAAAAGCUCAUAUAUUUGCAUGAUCA